AUGUCAGAAUCAAGUUGCGGUGCCGGCAAUACUGACACGCCAGAAUCAAGUUGCAGUGCCGGCAAUACUGGCACGUCAGAAACAAGUUGUGGUGCCGGCAAUACUGACACGCCAGAAUCAAGUUGUAAUGCCGGCAAUACUGACACGCCAGAAUCAAGGUGUAGUGCCGGCAAUACUGGCACGCCAGAAGCAAGUUGUAGUGCCGGCAAUACUGGCACGCCAAAAUCAAGUUGUGGUGUCGGCAAUACUGGCACGCCAGAAUCAAGGUGUAGUGCCGGCAAUACUGGCACGCCAGAAUCUUGUUGUGGUGCCGGCAAUAAUGACACGCCAAAAUCAAGUUGUGGUGCAGGCAAUACUGGCACGCCAGAAUCAUGUUGUAGUGCCGGCAAUACUGACACGCCAAAAUCAAGUUGUGGUGCCGGCAAUAAUGGCACGCCAGAAUCAAGUUGUAGUGCCGUCAAUACUGGCACGCCAGAAUCAAGUUGUAGUGCCGGCAAUACUGGCACGCCAGAAUCAAGUUGUAGUGGCGGCAAUACUGGCACGCCAGAAUCAAGUUCGUCCUUAGUCUCUUGUGCAUCGUUGACAGCAAACACUUAA